AUGAAUUCAAUGUAUUCAACAGCAGAGGGUGUUUUGACUACUGUAAAUGAUGUUUAUGUGAAGUAUCAAGAUAAGGUAGCUUUUCGAGUAUGUAAUGAUAUGUGUGAAUAUCUGUCAAUCACCGAAUAUAUCGACUCAGCUAAUAUAGGAAAUCUGCGUUUGGGAGUAUCAAAUAAUCACCCAUAUGAAAGAAUAUUAGAUGGGUAUGAGGUUAGAUAUACAAAUUUUCCAUGUUUAUCUUUAUCAUCUAGUUUUUAUAUAGUUAGUAAAGAGGAUUUAAUUGGAACCUCUUUAUCGAUACCUCCGAAAUAUGUGCAGUCUGGUGAUAUUAUCUAUCUUUGCACUAAAAUUAAGAACGAAUUAGUUGCAAUCGGCUAUAAAUCUCAUAACUCCAGUUUCACAAUAACUAAAGUAGAUGAAUUACUUUCUAUGAUGAUUAAUACAAAUAUAAAGCCCAGAAUCUUAAUACCAUACGAAUGGCAACUUGAAAGAGUGCCAAUAUUUCAUGAGUGUAUAUUAGCUGAAAAUAUGGAUACAUCAAAUACUCCAAAUACAAAUACAUUGAAAUAUAGUGAUACUCUAAUUAUUAGGUGGGUAGCAAAUGGAGAAUUACUCAGUAUACUGACAACGUAUUGCAGUUCAUCUUUAACAUCCCAUAAAACCUUGCAAUUAGGAGGACUAAUCCCAUCUAAUAGGAGCUGUUAUUGGAUGGUAUUAGAAUGUUCUUGUGCAAGUCAACAAAUAUUCCCUAACUGGUACAAAUUGAAGCAUAUUUUAAAAAGUAAAUGUCAACCACUCGGAAAGAAUAUAUUUUCACCAGGUAUAGUGUCAUUUUGCUUUUUAGAGAUGGAUUCCAUUAAGAAUUUACCAAAUUCAUCCUUGAUAGAUCUGUAUCCAUGUUUUAAACUUUCAAGAAUUUUAGUAAGAAGAUCCACCCUAGUAUCGGAUACUCCAGCUGGGUGGGACAAUAUGUUAGGUAAUCCCCAAAAUAGUGCAUGUAACAGUUAUAUCUCAAUUUCAUCUUUUGAUCCUACUAAGAUAACUUCAAAUUGUAUUGGUGGAUAUGUAUUUAAUCAUGCAAUUGCUGAAUUAGAUAGAAAGACCACUUCUACUCUCCCAAUCAAACCACUUAGCUCAUUUACACCGAAAGUACAAGAACAGUUAUUACUAGAAGAUAUCCUAAACUCUUUUAUGGGACUUGAAGGAAUAUAUAUAAAGGCAACGGAGCAUAUUUUCUUUCCAAGUGAUAAUUUUACUGGUCAUUCUUAUGAGAGAUAUCUCCCUGAAACAAUAUUUAUAAUAUCUAACCAAAGCAAAGAUGUAAAUUUAAUGAGCAAUGACAUUUGUGUAUCACUAAGAACUUCUUUAUCAACAUUUGUAUUUCAUAUAGUGGAUGAUCCAGAGAAUAACCCACUAAAUAUUGAAAAGUUACAAGAGCAGUCUCUUGAUUUGAAAAGUAGCAUGAACCUUUCUUCAAAUAUAUUUGGUAUAAAGGUUGAUGAUUCUACUUCUAAGAUAACAAAUAUGAGUGAUCCAAUGGCAUAUCCACUAACAUAUAGAAUACUACAACUAUCUGCUCUGUAUCGCCGUAUUCUACAGUAUCUCAACAUUCACGAAGGCAAUAGUCAAUUUGGAAUUAUAUCCCAGACACUAUGCAAUACAUUUCGCGAAUUUUUGAAACAAUUUACUUUAAGAGUCUCUCAACUUGAAACUACUGUAAGACAAGGUCAGGUCACUCUCCAAUCAAUGUGGAAUCAAAUACAACAUGCAAUGACUACGUUUAAUGUGUUGGACUUGAUAGCUAUUCAAUCACUUGGUAAAAAAGGAGGACAUAUUAUUGAUGUAAUUGUUGAUGUGAUUGAAAAUCAUCUACAUGGUGAGAUAUUAUCCUUAAAAAUAGCUAAAUUUUUGCUACAACAGGUAUGCGAACCUUGGAUAAAGUACUUCCUUUAUCCCUGGCUAUCUAGUGGUAGUAUUAUUGACUACUAUGAUGAAUUUAGUUACAAAAGUAAUAGGGAACAUGACAAAAUCUUUAAGGAGAAUAAAUCUGUAUUAGGAAUAGCUAAACUUAUUACAGAACAGCUACCAACAUUGGUAUUUCCUGUUAAAACUGAGAUAAAAUAUAUAGGUAAAGUACAGCAAAUUCUGAGGAAUCAUGAACCCUUAACAGAAAUAAGUUCUAGUAACCUGAAGGUUAUUGAUAUACUUAAUGUACUUAAUAUUUAUUCAAUGGAAAGUGAUUUAUUGAUGCACUUAACUAGUGGAAUUGAGGAUUUAUCAUUUGUGAAGUUACAUAAUUUUAUACAAAAUUUGUACAAAAGUAGUAAAACUUUACUAUAUCAAUUUUCUAAAGAAAAUUAUAAUAUUUGGGAGUAUUUAAAUUACUUUAGUGAUCUUUUUUUCUGUUAUAAUGACCAAUUUAUUCAGGAAUUUAUUGAUUCAACUGGACUUGAUAUACUAGGUGGCGGUCUUUCUGGGAAAAGUAGUUUUGUACAUACAUGCAAAGCAUGGAACGACACUAUUAUGAAAUACUACAGAAUAGAUGAUCAGAGUAAUACAAAUGGUUCAUUAGAUUUUGUAUGUAGUUUUAGUAAAUUACUAUUACCAGAGAGUAUCAAGGAAGUAAACUUGCUAAUUGAAGAUGAAUGUACUGAUUUUUCUAGUGAAGAAAUUGACCUAUAUAUAGAUUUUUUUAGUAACAAUGAACAUGAUGAAAAUACUUCUAAAGCACAUUUACCUAUUUCUUAUGAAGCAUUUAAACACAUCACACUGGAAUUUCGUCCUAAAUUGAAACUAAUGCUACUAUUUUGGCCAAAAAAGAUUGUAAGAAAGUAUCAGAUAAUAUUUCGUCUAAUCUUACAGAUAAAAUAUAUAUUGUCUCUACUAAAUAAUGUGUGGAUUAUUCAUCAAACAAUAUCUCCUCUGUGGGAAUAUAUUAAAGGUAAUGGUUUAACUAGAUACUUAUUUUUCUAUCAUGAUACCAAAAAGUCAUACUCUUUAAGGCAAAGGAUGUUAAUAUUAAUGAAUGGAAUAUUACAAUUUAUCAUGUAUGAUGCUAUUCAACCAUUAUGGAACUCAUUUUUGUCGAAAAAAGAUAGCAUAUCAAGCAUUGAACAAUUUGUAUCUUGCCAAGAUGAUAUGCUUGACAACAUAUUGAAACGCUGUUUUUGUACAAAUGGGAUUAUUCACUCUUUUUAUAAGCUGUUGUCAAUUUGCCAUCUUUAUUGUAGACACUCGAUCUUAUUUAAUAGAUAUGGUGUAGAUAAACUGGCUGCCAAGACUGCAGGACAGGAGAAUUACUUGCAAAAUGAAACAACUGGGGAUUUUCAUGAAGUUACUAUUAAUCAUGAUAAAUUCUCUCAAUCAUACAAAAAUGGACGCUUUUCUUUUGAUAGAUCACAUUUAGAAAAGUUGAUUAUGGAUUCUUCAUUUCAAAGUAUAGUAGAAAAGUUUAAUUUAAACUUUGAAAAAUUAGCAAAAGCAUUUUUUGAGUUGACACAAUCAUAUAAAAAUCCAGAUCAUUGGUUCUAUGAACUGAUCCUGAAGUCAGACUUCAAUAAUUUCUACCAAUCUAGUCAUAAGAGUAAUGUUCUAAGCUAUCCAGUCGAAAUGAGCGACUAUGAAGAAGUCAAUGAAGAUCUGCAUACCAUAUUAGACUAA